UGUGAGGCAAUGGUAGUAAAUAUGGCUUCUAGAAACACCGAAUGAGACGAAUAAACGGACGCACUCUGCAGGCUGCAUUUUCAUUCAGUGAUAUUUUGCGACACUCGUUCUGGAGAUUCUGUUCUCGACCUGAUUCUGCAUCGUCAAUUGGGGCGGCCUGAGAAAUUUUGCAGAUCAUAAACAAUCAUGGUGAAGGCAGUUGCAGUGCUUAGCAGCAGCGAGGGUGUGAGCGGAACUAUCCAGUUUUCCCAAGAAGGAGAUGCUCCGACAACCGUUACCGGAAACCUUGCUGGCCUGAAGCCUGGGCUCCAUGGCUUCCAUGUGCAUGCUCUUGGUGACACAACAAAUGGCUGUAUGUCAACUGGACCUCACUUCAACCCUGCUGGAAAAGAGCAUGGUGCUCCCGAGGAUGAGACUCGCCAUGCUGGUGACCUCGGGAAUGUCACUGUUGGUGACGAUGGUACUGCUUCUUUCACCAUUACCGACAAGCAGAUUCCGCUUUCAGGACCUAACUCCAUCAUCGGAAGGGCUGUUGUUGUUCAUGCUGAUCCCGAUGAUCUUGGAAAGGGAGGACACGAGCUUAGCAAAAGCACUGGAAAUGCUGGUGGAAGAGUUGCUUGUGGUAUCAUUGGCCUCCAGGGCUAAGUGAUCCCACUCGAAGAGCCACAGACUCGACUCAUCUCGGCUUUGUAUCACUGCCCCCGACCGUCGGUACUAUGUCUGUUUUCUUAGUUGGUAUUCUCAUCAAUAAAUAAAAUGGCUGUUACAAUGCACUGAGUUUCAUCUAUAAUUCGAACCAAAAUUUGAUUAUGUUUUGAAUCUGGUUAUAAAAGCUUGGUGUUGCAUUUUA